UGUGGAAGCAGAUAAGGAGGAAGAGAAUUCCCGGGAGCCAUGUCAGCCUCCAAUAUCACCUCAACACAUCCAGCUGCCUUCUUGUUGAUGGAGAUUCCAGGCCUGGAGCACCUGCACAUCUGGAUCUCCAUCCCCUUCUGCUCAGCAUAUACACUGGCCCUGCUUGGAAACUGCACCCUUCUUCUCAUCAUUCAGGCUGAUGCAGCCCUCCAUGAGCCCAUGUACCUCUUUCUGGCCAUGUUGGCAGCCAUCGACCUGGUCCUUUCCUCCUCAACACUCCCCAAAAUGCUUGCCAUAUUCUGGUUCAGGGAUUGGGAGAUCAACUUAUUUGCCUGUCUGGCCCAGAUGUUCUUUCUACACUCCUUCUCCAUCAUGGAGUCAGCAGUGCUGCUGGCCAUGGCCUUUGACUACUAUGUGGCUAUCUGCAAGCCACUGCACUAUACCACCGUCCUGACUGGGUCCCUCAUCACCAAGAUUGGCAUGGCUGCUGUGGCCUGGGCUGUGACACUAAUGACUCCACUCCCCUUCCUGCUGAGACACUUCUACUACUUCCAAGGCCCAGUGAUUGCCCACUGUUACUGUGAACACAUGGCUGUGGUGAGGCUGGCAUGUGGGGACACCAGCUUCAACAAUAUCUAUGGCAUUGCUGUGGCCAUGUUUAUUGGAGUGUUAGAGCUAUUCUUUAUCAUCCUAUCUUAUAUAUUUAUCCUUCAGGCAGUUCUACAACUCUCCUCUCAGGAGGUCUGCUAUAAAGCAUUUGGGACAUGUGUCUCUCACAUAGGUGCCAUCCUAGCCUUCUACACACCUGUGGUCAUCACUUCAGUCAUGCACUGUGUGGCCUGCCGUGCUGCCUCACACGUCCACAUUCUCCUCGCCAAUUUCUAUCUGCUCUUCCCACCCGUGGUCAAUCCCAUCAUCUAUAGUGUUAAGACCAAGCAGAUCUGUGACAGUCUUGGGAGUAUUCCUGAGAAAGGAUGUGUGAAUAGAGAGUGAGGGAUAAGUGGAAAAAGAAUGGGGCACAGUGAAUGCUGUAGUGGGCCAGGGCUGUGAUGAGAGUAGAAGGCUGCUAGACUCCAUGUUUAGUUCUUUUCUUGUAUUAUGAAAAGAAUAAAUGAUGUCCUGAAGCUCAGUGCCAACAGUCUGUUUAGAAUUUGUGGAUCUUUGCCCUCUGGUAGCCUCUGGAUUGAACCUGGUGACUGUGCUGUCUCUUCACAGAACCCUGACUCCUGUCAGUAAACUUGACAGUCUUGACCCUCUGGCCUCAUGGUGACUUUGCUGAAGGACACAAAGAUGCUUCCAAGUUCAUUUGCUUAAGAGAAGGCUGUGAAAAAUCUGAAUUUCUAUCUCUGACUCAUUGGAAAUUUGGUGAAUUAUCCACUCAGAUUCCUGAGUUAGGACCCUUACUCCAUCCAGUGCAGGAAUUCUGCUUUAACAGUUGAUCCCUAGACUCUACCUAAACACUGUCAGUCCUGGUACACGUGCAUCCUUUAGGCCUAUUUAUUCCAAGUUAGACAGCUCUGCUUGUUAGAAGGUUAUUUCUUCAACUAAACCAGUCUGUAUUCUUUGACUUCUCUUUACCUCCUUAUCCUCAUGGCCAAUCCAUCUCAUUAAAUACUUUGAAGAAAAA